CAGACCGCGUCAGUCCCGGCCCCAGCAGGACACCAGCAGCAGCCUCACAACGAAGACCUAGCAACAAAUACUUCCCCUGGCUGCACAGUGGUGCCAUGGGCUUUGGGCCGGAGCUGUGGUGCCCGCAGGGGCACAGCGCACUGCUGCGGCUGCAGGAUGGGGAGCUGCGCCUCCUGGAGCUGAUGAAGAAGUGGAUGUCACAGCGGGCCAAGAGUGACCGGGAGUACGCAGGGAUGCUGCACCACAUGUUGUCCCAGCUGGAAAAGCAGGAGGGCUCUUGGCAGCUCCAUGGCGACCAUGGGGGUCAGCUCGAGAAGUCCUGGUGGGUGCUGGUGAGCCGGACAGAGACGCUGAGCCAGAUCCUGAGGAGGCAUGCGGAGGACCUGGCAGCGGGGCCGCUGGCCAAGCUGAGCCUGCUCAUCCGCGACAAGCAGCAGCUGCGCAAAGCCUUCAGCGAGCAGUGGCAGCAGCUCAGCCAGGAGUAUAGCCGGACAACGCAGCAGGAGAUGGAGAAGCUGAAGGCACAGUACCGCAGCCUGGCCCGUGACAGCGCCCAGGCCAAGCGCAAGUACCAGGAGGCCAGCAAAGACAAGGAGCGGGACAAGGCGAAGGAGAAGUAUGUGCGCAGCCUCUGGAAGCUCCAUGCCCUGCACAACCAGUAUGUGCUGGCUGUGCAGGCGGCCUCAUUGCACCACCAGCACCACUACCAGCGGGUGCUGCCCAGCCUGCAUCAGUCCCUCUACAGUCUGCAGCAGGAGAUGGUCCUUGUCCUAAAGGAGAUCCUCAGGGAGUACUGCAGCAUCAGCAGCCUGGUACAGGAGGAUCUUUUGGCCGUGCACCAGGAGAUUGCCAGUGCCAUCCAGGCCAUCGACCCUGCCACUGAGUACAGCAGCUUCAUCCAGAGCCACCAGUAUGGCUCCACGCAGCCGCAGCCUCUGCCGGGUACGGCCCUGCUGCCAUUGGGUGGCAGCGGCCGGCACGGGGCAAGUGGAGGCAGAGCUGUCCUGGAUGCCCACAGGUACGAAUCUGAGGUCCCACCAACUGUGUCCUUUGAUGAGAGCCUGCUGGAGGACACAGAAAACCUGGUGCCGGGGGAGCUGCAGCUGAAUGAGCUGACCCUUGAAAGUGUCCAGCACUGCCUGACAUCGGUUGAGGAGGAGUUAGUGGCUGCCACAGAGGCCGUGAGUAUCAAGGAGCAGCAGAUGCAGGAGCUGAAGGCAGAGAUCCAUGAUGAGGAGCAGGGCCGGAGCCCCGGGGAGCGGGUGCACUUGUUGGGCAGGCGGCAGGGGCUGCACGAGGCACGGCAGCAGCUCGAGCGCUGCCUCUGUGCCCAGGCCAAGCUGCAGCUGCAGCGGGACCUGCUGGCCAAGAAGCUGGCAGAGCUGGGCGUCAGGGACCCCCUGCCUGCCCUGCCUCUGCCAGAGGAUCGGCAGUCCGUCUCCUCCACGGAGCAGGAGCGGAGCGGGGCCAGUGCACUGGAGACCCUCAAGAACCACAUCACGGGCAUCUUCAGCCCAAAGUACUCGCUGCCACCCCCCGUGCCCCUAAUCCCAGACGUGCAGAAGCCGCUGUGCCAGCAGGUCUGGUACCACGGGGCCAUCCCGCGUUCGGAGGUACAGGAGCUGCUGACCUGCAGUGGGGAUUUCCUGGUGCGGGAGAGCCAGGGCAAGCAGGAGUACGUGCUCAGCGUGCUGUGGGAUGGGCAGCCCCGGCACUUCAUCAUCCAGGCUGUCAGUAACAUGUUUCGGCUGGAGGGUGACAGCUUCCCCACCAUUCCGCUGCUCAUCCAGCACCUCCUGCAGAGCCAGCAGCCCAUCACCCGCAAGAGUGGCAUUGUCCUGGCCAGGGCUGUGCCCAAGGACAAAUGGGUGCUCAACCACGAGGACGUGCUGCUGGGGGAACGCAUUGGUCGAGGUAACUUUGGGGAAGUGUUCAGCGGACGCCUGCGUGCUGACAACUCCCCCGUUGCUGUGAAAUCCUGCCGGGAAACCCUCCCACCUGAGCUCAAGGCCAAGUUCCUGCAGGAAGCCAGGAUUCUCAAGCAGUAUAGACACCCGAACAUUGUGCGGCUCAUCGGUGUCUGCACGCAGAAACAGCCCAUUUACAUUGUCAUGGAGCUGGUGCAGGGGGGGGACUUCCUGACCUUCCUGCGCAGUGAGGGUCCCCACCUCCGGGUGAAGGAGCUGGUCAAGAUGACGGAGAAUGCUGCCGCCGGCAUGGAGUACCUGGAGAGCAAGCACUGCAUCCACAGGGACCUGGCUGCUCGCAACUGCCUGGUGACGGAGAGGAACACCCUGAAGAUCAGUGAUUUUGGGAUGUCACGGGAGGAGGAGGAUGGCAUCUAUGCCUCCACAGGGGGGAUGAAGCAAAUCCCUGUCAAGUGGACGGCCCCUGAAGCACUCAAUUAUGGCCGAUACAGCUCAGAGAGUGAUGUCUGGAGCUUUGGGAUCCUGCUGUGGGAAGCCUUCAGCCUGGGUGCCGUCCCCUAUGCCAACCUCAGCAACCAGCAGACGCGGGAGGCAGUGGAGCAUGGUAUGCGGCUGGACCCUCCCGAGCAGUGCCCUGAGGAGGUGUACCAGCUGAUGCAGCGCUGCUGGGAGUAUGACCCCCGCAAGCGGCCCAGCUUCUGCACCAUCCACCAGGACCUCAUUGCCAUCCGCAAGAGGCAGCGGUGACAGGGAGCACCAGGGGCCCUGGAUCCAUCCCAUGGCAGUGCUUGGGGGUGCAGCAGAGCCCCGUCUGGGCAGCGGGUGCUGCGAGGUGGCUGUGUGGUGCUUGAGCCCCAGGGCAGGGGCUCCUGCACACCUCAGGGUGGGACAUGGCGCCCACAGCUCCUGCCCCGCUUCAUCUUGUACAAUAAACACACGAGCUCUGCAGCUGUGCAUCUAGGAGCUGUGAGGGGACACGGGCUUGUA